AUGAAUAAAGUAUAUAUUAAGAUUGCUUUGGCACUUUUAAAAGUUAAACAACAAGUAUCUAUCGACCCAGAAGAAGCUAAAGAAGCAGAAAAUAUUAUGAUAGAAGCUCUAGCUCUUGCACAAAAACAUGCCGAAGAUACAGAAGAUUACCAAUCAUAUAAUCAAAAUGGAACAACCCUACAUUUUAAGAAUUUUAACGAUAUUGAGAUUGGAAAGUUUGAAUUUACAAUCCCCAACCCCGAUAGUUAUGCUGAUAUAGUAAACAUGUUAUGGGAUCCCAAUGGCGCAAAGAACUACGGCGAUCUUUUCGAUAAAGGAAGCUUUUAUCGAACAUACAAUGAAAAUUUGGCAAUUAUACAACAAUAUUACAUUGGCCUUGAUGAGACUUGGAAUACAUAUUGUUACGCAUUAGCCAGCAAAUUUCAAUUAUCAGAAGACGAAACUGCAAUUGUCUUGACUUCAUCAGAUAUGAAUCCUGAUGAUGAUGCAUCCUAUGAAAAAUACAAAAAUCCUAUCGUAGAAAGUGCAAACAAAUUCAAUCCUAAAUUUAAUUCUGAAAAAUAUACUAGAAAUGAAAAAUUAUUCCAAUUUUAUAUUAACUUAAUGGCGUUUUUCAUUAAAAAGGAAUCUGAUUACGUUAAAAUUACCCAUAUCGGCUCUCUUGAUCAUGAUCAUAUAUUUUUCUUAAAAGAUAUUCAUAGAUUGGUGACAUCCAAAAAAAUGGUAGAUGUUAUCAAUUUAAGGGAGAUUUUUAAAAAGGAAUAA